AUGCGCGUAACAUUUUUACUACGACCGACGUCCGGCUUCCUUGCGCGGCCAGCGCCACGGGUCAUUACCCAGAGACAGCCAUGGAUCCGUUGCCUCGCCACAGAGACGAAGCUGGCCACCCUGGAUAGACAUGGGGCCGUGGGACAUGUUCUUGCCAAAAGCAAGGAAGGCGGUCCGCGAUACCCUCGAAGUGUACAAGCCCUCUACCUCCAGCCACUCCGGCGCGAGGCUGAGUACGGUAUUCCGUCGUGCGAUCUUCAGCUACGCUCAUACAGCUUGAGGAACCUCGAAUUCUUCGCCGACUUUGCCCUCCGGGCAGCGUAUUACUUGAAGCUCCCAGCCUUCGGUCCCGUGCCGCUGCCCCGAAUCACCGAGCGAUGGACAGUUCCCCGGAGUAGUUUCAUCUUCAAGAAGUCACAGGAGAACUUCGAGCGUAUCACGCUGCGUCGUCUCGUUCAGAUCCGCGACGGGAACCCGGAGACGGUACAACUGUGGCUGGCAUUUCUGCAGAAACACGCAUAUUAUGGGAUCGGCAUGAAGGCCAAUGUGUGGGAUUUUGACAAAUUGGGUGUUGGCAAGACAAUGGACACCACGGAUGAAGGCACGGCCAAAGCUAUCGAAACCAAAUGGGGCCACCUUGGUCAGAACCGGGACCUGAAUACAGUUGAGAAGGUGGAAGAAUUUCUAGCCAAGGUGAGGUUCGAUGUCGACAGCGGCAAGCUGGCCGAAGGUGAGCGGCGGUUCGUCGAGAGGCAGUGGAAACAGGAGGAGGCCCUGAAGAGGAAGGCGGCGACAACGGUAGAGACGGCGUCUUCCUAA